UUUUUACUCCACUGUGAUUUUGUGUUCGUCUUUGUCGUACAGAAAAAAACGCGUUAAGAUAUUCUGUUGACUGCAUGCAAUUGGAAUAUCAUGGAGGUUUUAUGCUGUACUAGAUGUCCCUAUACGACAAAUAAUAUGUCUUUCUAUGAGAGUCAUCUGGAGAACCACAAAGGUGACAAAAUCUACAAAUGUCGAUAUUGCAACUAUAUCUCAAAGUAUGCUGGAAAUCGAAUGGUUCAUGAGCGACGUAUGCAUCUCAACAAAAAGCCAUAUGAAUGCAAGUACUGUGAUUAUGCCACUGUACAGUCGACCACGCUUCACAAGCAUGUGUUAGCGCACCAUCGCGAGCAGUGUAUUUAUAAGUGCCCGCAUUGCGAGUUUUGCUGCGACAGUGAACCAAGGUACACUAAACAUGUUGUUAAACACGCUGGUGAUAGUUUAAGUGAGCUUCCGAAUGGACUGACAGAAACUGUGAGUGGCAUUGGGUCAAAUCAGUCAGCAACGAGAGAGCCAUAUACUGUAGUCAUUGAUAAUGGUGUCCCUGAGAUAAGCAUAAAUAAUGAUGCUAUGGAUAUUAAGAUUGAAGGUGAAGCGAGUGGAAGCGGUAGGCAUAGUGAUUCGCAGUAUACGAGUACCGAAAUAACUAAUCUGUACACUGCGCAGUCGGUUUCUUUAGACAGUGCUUCCGCCAAUCAAGGUGAAAACAAUUCAGGGAAUUAUGGAAAAGACGACUUUUCUUGUAACAAAUGCAGCUUCAAAGGACAAAAUCUCAGGAGUCUGUAUGGCCAUAUGCGAACACACGCGAAAGAAAAAAAGUUCAAAUGCCGUUAUUGUGAUUACAGCACGGCUUAUCCAACUAAUCGGCUUAUUCAUGAGCGUCGCCAUCUCGGAAAGAAACCGUACAAGUGUAAGCUUUGCCCAUAUGCGGCUACUCAGUCAAAUACUCUAAAUGUGCACAUGAAACAGAAACACAACACGUGUAUUGAAAAAAUUCAUUGUAAUUUGUGUCAGUUUCAGUGCGUGCUAGAAGACGUCUUCAUUCGUCAUUUGAGAGAUUUCCACGCUGAUAUUGCAGUGGUUGACCCCAAUUCAUCUCAAACUGAAAGCACAGUCAGUGGGAAUAGCCAUCUCUAUUCCAAUGCAGGUACAAGUGUUACCUACAGCACUUCAAUAGGGAAUAUGCUUCCGCCUUUGUUGGCUGUUUCAAGUACAUGUGCGGUUAGCUCGGAAAACCUGAGUAACUCUACAACCACCGCUCCUGCACCUAUGUCUAACUAUUUCUCUGACUUUGACUGUUUUGUGAAUCCGUCAACGACCUCUACGCCAUCUCGGCCAACUAUUUCUGCCAGUGGAACAGUUGAUGUAUUAAGUCCAAUUGCUAGCACUUCAACGAAUGAUGUUAACGCUGCUGAUGACGUUUUGAUGGAAACUGAGUCACCCGCAAAUCCAAAUGAUGAAUCUUCUUCGCAAGACAGAAUUCAACGAGAUCCCUUUCCGAUAUCGUUACACCGUCACAACCGCCACACAGCACGCUCUGCAACACCCACAUCCUCUGAAGUGUCAGCGACCUCAACACAGAAGUUUUCCACCGCCACACAAACCUCGUUGACUACGCAGGAUAUUGUAUCAAUGCUGAAUGAAAAGAAAGUAUUUCGUUGUCAGCAUUGCGAUAUCUUGUUUCCCGAUAACGUACUCUUCACAAUCCACAGGGGGUUUCACGGAUAUGAUAAACCGUUUCAGUGUAAUAUAUGCGGACAUGAUUGUGGAGAUAAGUACGAGUUUGCAUCUCAUUCACACAGCUGCCAGACUUGA